ACACGUUGGAUUUAUAAGCAUGGCGGACGAUGAGGAAAGUGUUGAUCUGAAAACAGACCAAGAAUCAAUAACAUAUGAAGAUUUAGAAUUAGAUGUCCCGCUCCUCGCUGCCAGUGGUGACGAGGCCGACGAUGAUGAUGAGGAGGAGGACGAUGAUGAGGAGGUGGAGGAGGAGGAGGACGUUGAGCAGGAGCCAGAUGAAGAUGAUAGCGAAAUUGUAAAUGGCAUUGAGGCUGAAGAGCAGACGCCGAAAACGUUUAAGGAGCUGGGCGUCACGGAGGUCCUGUGUGAGGCGUGCGACCAGCUGGGAUGGAAGUGCCCGACCAAGAUCCAGAUAGAAGCCAUACCCGUAGCACUUGCCGGGAAGGACGUGAUCGGCCUGGCGGAGACGGGUUCGGGGAAGACGGGGGCCUUCGCGCUGCCCAUCCUCCAGUCCCUGCUGAACUCUGCCCAGCGGCUGCACACUCUGGUCCUCACCCCGACCAGGGAGCUCGCCUUCCAGAUCGCCGAGCAGUUCGAGGCCCUGGGCUCCAGCAUCGGGGUCAAGUGUGCGGUGGUGGUGGGAGGCAUCGACAUGAUGGCUCAGUCCCUAAUCCUGGCCCAGAAGCCACACAUCAUCAUCGCGACCCCCGGGCGUCUGAUAGACCACAUGGAGAACACGAAGGGCUUCUCCCUGCGCUCGCUCAAGUUCCUGGUGAUGGACGAGGCCGACCGCAUCCUCAACAUGGACUUUGAGACCGAGGUGGACAAGAUUCUGAAGGUCAUCCCCAGAGACAGACGCACCUUCCUGUUCUCUGCAACCAUGACCAAAAAGGUUGCGAAGCUGCAACGAGCAGCUCUGAAGGACCCGGUGAAGUGCUCGGUGUCGACCAAGUACACCACGGUGGAAAAACUACAGCAGUACUACGUGUUCAUGCCCUCCAAGUACAAGGACUGCUACCUGGUGUCCAUAGUGAACGAGCUGGCCGGGAACUCUUUCAUCAUAUUCUGUGGCACAUGUAACAGUGCCCAGCGGGUGGCGCUGUUGCUACGCAACCUGGGCAUCACUGCAAUCCCCCUGCACGGACAGAUGAGCCAGAACAAGCGUCUGGGUGCGUUGAAUAAGUUCAAGGCCAAGUCCCGCAUGGUGCUGCUCGCCACCGACGUGGCGUCCCGGGGUCUGGACAUCCCCCACGUCGACUGCGUCAUCAACUACGACAUCCCCACCCACUCCAAGGACUACAUCCACAGAGUGGGCCGGACGGCGAGAGCAGGAAGAGCGGGAAAAUCCAUAACCUUCAUCACUCAGUAUGAUGUGGAGCUGUUUCAGCGAAUCGAAACCCUGAUUGGCAAGAAGCUUCCAGCCUUCCCCACACAGGAAGAGGAAGUGAUGAUGUUGGUGGAGAGAGUCAGCGAAGCCCAGCGAUUCGCCCGACUAGAAAUGAAGGAGCACGAGGAGAAGAGGAAGAGGCCGCGCGGCGACGACGACCACGACGACACCGAGCAGUCGAGCGGCGUCCGCAAGAAAGUGAGAGGCGGAGCCGGCUCGUACGGGGGCGGAGACGGAGGGCGGGGGCGUGGGUUUGGGGGAGGAGGUGGUCCCUUAGUCCCGCCCCUUCCCCUGUCCCCGUAA